GAGAAUGGCGGGGCGGGCGUAGUCCGACACAGUCAGUGAAUCGGACGCACCGCGUUCUACGGACCGCACGAUACCGCGCCAAUUCACGGACAUCCGAAAAGAAAAUUAGUACCAAUUAACUAGAAGACGCUGAGUUUUUGUUAAACUGUUUUUGUGAUUCAAACUUUUUUGACAUUCGCUGCCAUAAUGUCGGAUCAAGAUACAAAACUUGACUACGGUACAAUGGAGGCCGGCGAUUUCAAGGACUUCGCGAAAGCGAUGACUGACUACAUCGCGGAAUACUUGGAGAACAUCAGAGACAGGCAAGUAGUUCCAUCUGUGAAGCCGGGCUACCUUAGACCGCUGGUUCCGGAGCAAGCCCCGGAGAAGGCAGAGCCCUGGACGGCGGUGAUGGCGGACAUCGAACGCGUCGUCAUGUCCGGGGUCACCCACUGGCACUCACCUCGCUUCCACGCGUACUUCCCCACCGCCAACUCGUACCCUUCGAUUGUGGCUGAUAUGCUGAGCGGUGCUAUUGCCUGCAUCGGUUUUACAUGGAUCGCUAGCCCGGCCUGUACCGAAUUGGAAGUAGUAAUGUUAGACUGGCUGGGCCAGAUGCUAGGCCUUCCCGAUUCGUUCCUGGCUCGCUCUGGGGGCGAGGCCGGCGGCGUCAUCCAAGGCACUGCCAGUGAAGCAACGUUAGUGGCGUUGCUGGGAGCCAAGUCCCGCACUAUGACGCGCGUUAAAGAAGAACAUCCAGAAUGGACAGAAACUGAAAUUCUUUCUAAACUUGUCGGUUACUGCAACAAGCAAGCUCAUUCUUCGGUGGAACGUGCCGGCCUUUUGGGUGGAGUAAAGCUUCGCUCCUUACAGCCGGACGGUAAAAGGCGUCUUCGUGGUGAAACGCUACAAGAGGCUAUGGAAGAGGAUAUUCGUAACGGAUUGAUUCCAUUCUACGUCGUUGCCACUUUGGGUACGACAUCAUCGUGCGCAUUUGAUGCCUUAGAUGAAAUUGGUGAUGUCUGCAAUAACAAGGACGUGUGGCUGCACGUGGACGCGGCCUACGCUGGAUCCUCAUUUAUCUGUCCUGAGUACCGGUACCUCAUGAAGGGUGUCGAGAAAGCUAGCUCUUUUAACUUCAAUCCACACAAAUGGUUAUUAGUCAACUUCGACUGUUCCGCUUUGUGGCUCAAGGAACCACGUUGGAUUAUCGAUGCUUUCAACGUUGAUCCUCUGUAUUUGAAACAUGACAUGCAAGGAUCAGCUCCUGACUACCGCCACUGGCAAAUACCAUUAGGUCGUCGUUUUAGAGCCCUAAAAUUGUGGUUCGUCCUGCGCCUGUACGGUGUAGAAAACCUCCAGAAAUUCAUCAGAAAACAGAUUGCAUUGGCUCAUCUGUUUGAGAGAUUGUGCAGUGCUGACGAGAGGUUCGAGAUUUAUGAAGAAGUUACUAUGGGACUUGUUUGCUUUAGAUUGAAGGGCGAUAACGAUAAGAACGAAGAAUUACUGAGGCGUAUUAACGGCCGUGGAAAAAUCCAUUUGGUCCCAUCCAAAAUUGAUGACACGUACUUCCUAAGAUUAGCAAUUUGCUCUCGUUUCAGCGAAGAGAGUGACAUACAUGUAUCUUGGGACGAAGUGAAAGCUUCGGCGGAUGAUGUACUUAAAGGCCAAUAAGGAGUCCUAAGAACAAAUAUUCUCCUACUCAUAAAUCUGACAAGAACACGUAAAUAUUUGAAACCUUGUCCGUGUUAUCAAAUGUAUCAAUUAUUUUAGUGUUAUUAUUCAAAACAUCACCCACUUUAUGCGUACCUAUAUAAGAGUGAAAUUACAUUAAUCAUGUUCGAAAAGAGUAGAUAUUUCAAAAGUAUAAUCGUCAGUAUUUAUUACUACAUAACGUUUAAUUCUUGUUGUAUUAUCUAGAUAUUUUGACAAUAUUUAGAAGGGAGCACUCUAUGAGUAUUUUAAAUAUAUUUCUAGAUUCUUGAAUGUAGCAGUCAGAGACUGAAAAAUAUAUGUAUAUUGGCCGUAUAAGACAAUAACUGUUAGAAACUUUAAAUUCAAUAAUUAGAGUCUAGAAAAAAAUGUUAUUUUCUUGUCUUUAUUUAUUUUUCUAGCUUUAUAUGUGUUGUUUUGUAAAUACUUAUAGUGUUAUAGCUAAUAACAAGCUUUAUAUUGUAUUCUUCAUUUUCAUAUCAAAUUCUUGGACAGACCACGGACAUUGAAUUCUUUACCAGAUAAUAUGUGAUAAUUUUAUUGUUAUUCCUUAUUGGGAAAAAAUAUUUUAUAUUUAGUUACGGCUUAUAAAUAUGUUAUUUUUCGUCAGAUGGUGCACAAGUUUAUACAAACAUAAGUACAUCUUAUUUAUUUUAUGAACGAAAAAAAAUGAAGGUUUUAGAAGAGUUUGAGGUCACAAAAUCAAGUUUUAAAAAUACAAUUUCAUAAGUUAACGAAGAAUAUUUAAGCUUGACAUUAAAAUUUACAAGUAAAUAUAAUAUGUAUUUAUUAUGAAUGAAUGAGUCACUAAGUUUGUGCCGAUUACUUGCCUACUUGCCGUUGAGGGUUCCGCUCGCACGGUGCCGGGUUCGAUUAAGUCGAUAACAUUUUUGUUAUUGCAAUAAAAUUGUAACCUAUCCUUUCAUACAUAUGUAUUCAAAUUUUCACUAUACCUUCUAGAUUUUUAUUAUAUUCAAAUUUAAUAAUAAGUAGGUCGGAAGGUCAACACGAUUUAUUUUUCUUAUUAAGAAAUACAUAGGUAACAUUUGUUUUAUUAAAUAACCUUGUAUCUAUAAAAUGCCUAUUAUUAAAGUUGACGCAAUAAUUAAUAGAUACCUGCUUAAACAUUAAUAAUAACAUUUCUAUGUAUAUCGACCCAAUUAGGUGUAGGUAAAUACCUAUUCAUAUUUAUAAUUCUAUGUGUCUAUUUAUUAAAUGGUUGUUACCAGGUUUAGCGCCAAUAUAAUAAACUGCAUUGUCUCAGUAA